AAAAAGGUAUGUUCAACGGGGAAGGAGAGAGACUUGUUUUGAGAGGAGCUUAGGACUGACUGCCCAUGGUGGAUGGGCGGAGCAGGAAGCAUGCGCUGAGCUGGCAGAGUCGGGGCUAGUCUGCUGCGCGCGAGGAGAGGGAGAUCACGGGCUGGCUCGGGUCCUCUCAGACGGACGCGGGGAGACCACCUUACCAAUCACGUCUCCUUGAGGACUAAAUAGGCGAGAACAGAAAAGAGCAAGAAAGAGAGUGAGAGACAGGGAGAAAUAGAAGAAUAGAAAGCUAUAAGGACAACACCUCCGUUUGUAACCACAGGGAGUCGGCAUCUGGAAACAUAACGAGCGAAGAAGACCCCCCCCCUCGCGACAUCUCUCGGCUCUGUAUCUCCCAGCGCACCCCUCCUAUAGCCUACUCCCUGGAGAACGACCACCCAUUGAACACCCUAAUUGACCAGCGUUGCCAUUAAGCGAUGCACUUUGAAUCCAAGACGAAACCGAACGCGUAAUUUUGAUGCACAUUUAACAACCAGUGAUCAUAAUUUUCCAAAACGGAACAGUUAAGACUAUGGAUACAGUUUUGGGUGUUUAGCCUAAAUUUAACGGGUUUCUGGCGACGUGAAAUUAUCUCAUCCCCGGUAACUGACAUCAACACUAUACUUUUAUCUCCUAUUGCUUGUGGAAGAGUCUUAUCAUCUUCGUUUUAUUCCAUUUUCCAUUUUCUUUUUCAAACCAAUGGUCUGGGAACGGACCGCCUCACUCAACACAUACUAUUUCAUUUAGACGUGUCAGCCUCGUUUAGCGCUUUGAACGCGGACAACAUUACAGAAUUGCAAGGGGAAAUUGUCAUCGAGAGUAUUUUGCACAAACAUACUGAGUGGAAAGUUUGUUGCCGGAGAGGGAAUAGAUCGGAGACAUCUCGGCCAUAUCCACGGGAUUUUCCCCUAAGGUGGGAGGUCCGUGGGCUGCAGCCAUGCUGUCCCUGGAUGAGCCAUUGGACCUAAUGCUCCCCCGGGGGCGUGUCAACGGGCGAGACAGGGGUGCAUGGUCACCCCCCACCCUCACCCUCUCUCCGAUACCCUUCAAGCGCGCCCGGCAGCUCCGCAUGGCUGAUGAUGGCACAGCCGUCAUAGUGCCCGCCUCCCCGGCCUCGCCACACACAGGUGUGCUGGUGGUCUCCAGGGAGAGGUCAGAGACGCCCCCCACCCCGCCGGCCGUGGACCUCAGUACGUCCCCCUCCUCCCGCCACACCUCCAGCUCCCCAGAGAUGACCAACGGGAACGCCGUCUCCCACCACAUCAUUGCAGGGGACUCAGCUCACAUCCGUUAUGUGGAGAGCAGAGCCUCCUCGCAGGCCUUCCAGUUCUUCGUGCCGAUUGGUGCUGGGGCCGGACUCCACCUGCCGUCAUCCAUGUUCAUUGGCCAGCCCAAUGACAAGCGGGCCUCUCCCGAUCUCUCAGCAGACGAACAGCUGGCCUGUCGCUGGAGGAAGUGCCAUCUUCUCUUUGAGUCCCUGCAAGACCUUGUGGACCACGUCAACGACUUCCACGUCAAACCUGAAAAGGAUUCUGGGUACUGCUGCCACUGGGACGGCUGCGCUCGCAAAGGGCGGGGCUUCAACGCUAGGUACAAGAUGCUUAUCCAUAUCCGUACACACACCAAUGAGAAGCCUCACCGCUGCCCCACCUGCAACAAGAGCUUCUCUCGCCUGGAGAACCUCAAGAUACACAACCGCUCACACACAGGUGAGAAGCCGUACAUCUGUCCAUACGAGGGCUGCAACAAGCGCUACUCCAACUCCAGCGACCGCUUCAAGCACACACGCACCCACUACGUGGACAAGCCCUACUACUGCAAGAUGGCCGGCUGCCUGAAGCGCUACACAGACCCUAGCUCCCUCCGUAAGCACAUCAAGGCCCACGGCCACUCUGUAGCCCAGGAGCAAGGCUCUCCGGGUGGGCUGAGCUCCCUGCUCAAGGUGGGUCCCCUGGGGGUGGGGAUGGGUGGAGGAGGGGGGAAGCUGGGGGAGUCGGAGCUGAGCUACAUCAGUGGGGCCCAUAUCAUCAUCCCCAGCGCCGCUGCCGCUCUCCUGGGGGGCCACGCUCUGCAGGGCCUGGCGGGCUCCAUCCCUCUAUCCCGCCUCGCCCCCCGGCCCCUGGACCUGAGCACACUGGGGGGGUGCCCCAGCUCCCCUUGCACCACCUCCAUCCUGUCCUUCAAUGGUUCUCCUCUGAGCCUGUCCACCAAGUCGUCCCUGGGGCUCUCCCCGGCCUUCCCCUCCUCAGCCCUGGGGCUGGGGCCCACCAUGGUGCCCGUGUCCCUAGGAGGAUCCAUGGGGUCGUCCGCCUCAGAGCGCAGGGCCCACCACCACGGGUGUCACCACAAGGGGAAAAUUGGGGGGGAGGAGGGGAAGGACAAGCUUCAUCGUGGGGGGGUGCUGAACCUCUCCACGGGGGCCUCCCAUGACCCCCUGUCCUGGGUGGUCAUUCCCUCCGGCACGGUUGUGCUCAAGCCAGCUGUAGUCAACUAACACACACACACACACACACAUUCCAGAGGAGUUCAAGGGGGGCUGAGAAAACGUAGAAAAAGGUAGAAAAAAAUUGACACGUGAAAAGAAAGAAAGUCUACUUUCAGGCAACUUAAACUUAACAACAAAGUCCACACCUCAGUUUGUAAAAUUGGCUCGGACAAAAAAAUGUUUUAUUCAUAAGAGAAAGGUAAACUGAGGUAUCUGGUACUGCUAUCUUUGCAUUUAUCUAGCACAUUUUGGGACCAUCAACAACUCAUAAAUACAUUUCAAUCAUGUGUAAUUUUGUAUUAUUUCAUAAGGCUUGCAACAGCGGCCCUCCUCACCUCUUCACCACAUUCUCUGUCUCUGGCUUUUCUAACUUACGGUACCUUUGUUUCUGGACGGGCUCCAUUGAAACGACAGUCUUCUAAUGCUCUGUGUCCUUGCUCAAGCUCCACCUCAUGUGUAUGUAUUGAUAAUGUUCAUGUUGACAGUGUGCUCUGUGGCCUAGCAGUGAGGUAGACACACUAAUGAAACAGUAGGAGGCACUCACUGCUAGGCUAGCAACACACAGUACGUCCCCAUUCCGCUGCUUUAAAGGUUACAGAAACUACUUCCUACAAAGUGCUGUGAACACAAUUGGACAAACUUCCUGUUUUAUCGGAAGUGAAGUCAAACUGAUUUAGAAGGGGAUUACGGUUUAAUUGACUGCAUCUCCUUACUUUAAACAGUAGGGCGGUGCUAUUGGAUGUCAAUCAGAGUGCCAUCCACAGGAGCACACGCAUUAUUUGAUGAUGUGUAUGUCAAUCAGAAUGACAUCCAACCAAGGAGCACACAACCGCCUUUUAGUCAGUACAUCAACCCAGGCUAUAGUGAUGUAAACCUCACAACUGCUGCUAACCUCUCAACAACUCUCCUCAAACAUAACUGAAACUAAACGUCAGCACUUUGAGGACUAUUUUUGACAAUCUUUUCCCGAUUCGGGGAAGGUGACCAUCGUGGACCAGCCCUUUCCACAAUGACAUGUGACGGGCUUGUUGUUGCAAACUAGGGGCUUGUGUAAGGACGCGGAGCAACUAAAGUCUUAGAAGGCAGACAAACGGUGUUAUAUCACCCAGCAAAUGACCAAUAUUCUUCUUCUUUUUCUUCUCGGUAACGUCUAUGGCACAGGUGUUGUUAUGUACCCCCUGGAGGACAGGUGAAUUACUCCGGUCAGUCAGCCUCCCAGUCCCAUUCUACCAGUCCAAUCUAUUAUUGUCUUGUCUAUUAUUGUAUACUCUACUUGUCAAUAACACAGUGAGUUAAGUACUGAGUAUGAAAGGUCCACUGUUUAAGUAACACACUGUGUUGUGGAACAGUGUUUGAAAUGACCUUUCAUUAAAACCAGCUGUGUAAAACAGGUGGCUGUCCAGUGAAGAGUCCUGAGUCCUUGUGGAGUUGGCUGUUGGUUGCUUUGUUCCGAGUUCAACAGUCCCACAUUGUGACAAAAAAUAUCCAGCCUUGAGGGUAGACUGGGAGCUGUGUAUCCUGAACCACAGGGUGUGUGACACAUUAAUGGCUGAUUGACACUAUAGGGCUGACUCUAACCGUACCGUGCUGGUUCGGAUUUUCUUUUCACAUUGUUCUGUUAAGCAUGUUUCCAGCAUCAUGGCGUAACCAGGCCAGGCUGCCACAGUUAGGCAUGGUUUGGCCCGCGGUGUGAAUCAGGCUUUACUGCUACGUAGAGCUGGGCUGGUCACAGAACCACAGCCACACUAGAAACUGCAUCACUUCACUUUUCCAAGGAAGUGGGGUUAAUUCGCAGACUUCUAGAACAACUUACUUAUGUUAGAAUCCGUAUGGUUUGAUUGAUGCAUUCAAAAUGCACUUAUACCGUACACACCAAUGUCUUUGUUACGUUUUACAAAACAUGGAACUGCCAACUUGUACUUGUAGCUCUCUGGAAACAUUUUGUCUUUCUCUUUCCAUCUUCACUACCUUGGUUUUCCCUUAAUUUACGCUCAGGCUUGAAACGGCCACCUUUCUCUGUGGACUCUGGGGUCCUUCCACAAGCUGGCAUCGCAGAGAUAUGAUGUAUGUAGAAUGUUGAGUGAACCAUGUUAUGUGGGUAUAGGAGGGGAGGUGAGCAUCUCAACACACGAAACAUUCCCCUGAAGAGCCAAAUACCCCUCCCCCUCUACUCACUCUCUCUCCAUCUUUCUUUAAAGGUCUUACAUUUCCAUUUUCCAUGACGGCAUGUCCAUACUUUAUUUUCCAUGACGGCAUGUCCAUACUUUAUUUUCCAUGACGGCAUGUCCAUACUUUAUUUUCCAUGACGGAUGUCCAUACUUUAUUUUCCAUGACGGUAUGUCCAUACUUUAUUUUCCAUGACGGUAUGUCCAUACUUUAUUUUCCAUGACGGUAUGUCCAUACUUUACUUUCCAUGACGGCAUGUCCAUUGUUUUGAGAAUAAUUACAGUUAUGGUUGUUUUUGUUAGUCAUUUGUUUGUUGUUUUGUCAUGGAUGUUCAGACGAGACAUUUUCUGAUGUUGAAGCUUGGUUUUAUAUUUCUUGUGAUGGCUGCUCUGUAACUCAGCUUUCUCCCUGGGCUGGCCCGGGAUAUGGACGGGCUGUAGGGAUGAUGCUCCUUCCUGUCCUGAACAGGGUUGUGUUCAUUAGGACAUGCAACAGAAAACAGAAAAACAUGUUUUGCAAUGGAAAAGUAGCGUUUCUGAGCGUUGGACACAUCCACAUAGUCCCUUCCUUUCCGUCCGUUUGGUGCCUAAUGAACACGACCCAGGUGAGUGGGGUCAGGGGAUGGACAAUUUAUAAUAAUACUAAUAAGAUAUAAUCCUCACUGACAAUCACACAGUUAUAGAAGAGGCCCUGUACAGAUCCUCACUCUGUGGAGAGAGUGCACACCCUCUGAGUCCAUCUAUUGGCAGGGUUUACCUCCAGACCCACACACUCUCUGAGUUCAUCUAUUGCAGGGUUUACCUCCAGACCCACACACUCUCUGAGUCCAUCUAUUGACAGGGUUUACCUCCAGACCCACACACCCUCUGAGUAAAUCUAUUGACAGGGUUUACCUCCAGACCCACACACUCUCUGAGUCCAUCUAUUGACAGGGUUUACCUCCAGACCCACACACUCUCUGAGUCCAUCUAUUGGCAGGGUUUACCUCCAGACCCACACACUCUCUGAGUCCAUCUAUUGACAGGGUUUACCUCCAGACCCACACACUCUCUGAGUCCAUCUAUUGACAGGGUUUACCUCCAGACCCACACACUCUCUGAGUCCAUCUAUUGACAGGGUUUACCUCCAGACCCACACACUCUCUGAGUCCAUCUAUUGACAGGGUUUACCUCCAGACCCACACACUCUCUGAGUAAAUCUAUUGACAGGGUUUACCUCCAGACCCACACACUCUCUGAGUCCAUCUAUUGGCAGGGUUUACCUCCAGACCCACACACCCUCUGAGUCCAUCUAUUGACAUAGAGGGCAUCUGUUAGGGAUUGGGUUUAGCAGACCUAGGGCUAGGCUAGACGAAGGGUUUAACAGACCUAGGGCUAGGCUAGACGAAGGGUUUAGCAGACCUAGGGCUAGGCUAGACGAAGGGUUUAACAGACCUAGGGCUAGGCUAGACGAUGGGUUUAGCAGACCUAGGGCUAGGCUAGACGAAGGGUUUAACAUACAUAGGGCUAGGCUAGACGAAGGGUUUAACAGACCUAGGGCUAGGCUAGACGAAGGGUUUAGCAGACCUAGGGCUAGGCUAGACGAAGGGUUUAACAGACCUAGGGCUAGGCUAGACGAAGGGUUUAGCAGACCUAGGGCUAGGCUAGACGAAGGGUUUAACAGACCUAGGGCUAGGCUAGACGAAGGGUUUAACAGACCUAGGGCUAGGCUAGACGAAGGGUUUACCAGACCUAGGGCUAGGCUAGACUAAGGGUGUAACAGACCUAGGUUUAGAGGAAGGGAUCCUCAGGACAACAUCAACUGAACGAAUUACAAUCUGAACAUCUAAAAUGGUGGGUAGCCUGGAGAGGGGGGGGGGGGGGGGGUGAAUGGAGAAAUGAAUGAACAGGGUAGAGAGAGCGCAUCCCACCCUCACCAGGGCCUCUCGUCUCUGAAGUCAGUGCCCAUCCCGUUUCUCUCUCUCUCCCUGCCUGAUGCUGCCAGCCAGCAGGGAAACUAGGUCACUGAACUCUGUCUGCUCUCUGUUUUUUGUAUAUAAAUUAAAGCCAAAAGGCUGAACUCUCUCACUCCCUCUAGCCGGUCAGUGGUCGCCACAAAGCUUUUCACCAGAGGAGGGUUAGAGUAAAAAACACACACACAUAGGCAGGCACACACACACACAAACAGGCACACACACACACACACACACACACACACACACACACACACACACACAAACAGGCAGGCAGGCACACACACAGGCAGGCAGGCACACACACAAACAGGCAGUCACACACACAAACAGGCAGUCACACACAUAAACAGGCACACAAACACACAAACAGGCACACAAACACACAAACAGGCACACAAACACACAAACAGUCACACAAACACACAAACAGGCAGGCACUCACACAAACAGGCACGUAUGCAGACAGACAGGGUAAAACACUAAAACAUGCAUGCGCGCCCUCACACACACAGUAAACAAACCCAAAUAUCCAGUAUAAUCCUCUCUGGCUAAAUAUGUUUGGGGUUUUUAAGGAGUGGGUCAAAAUAAGUCAUGUUGCGCCGGAGGCUGCAGUGCUAUCUCUGACAUGCCAAGGGAGGAUUUGUGCUGAGCAGAUUCACUGCAUAUUUCUAUUUCUGCCUCGACCACUCUUAAUCACUGUGGUCACACACACGGAGAGCUGCACACAUGUACACACUCUCUAGCCUCCUCUUUGGUGGCCAGUAUUUCUAUCUCCCUCCAGGCAGGCUUGGUAGAAGCAAACCACCUCCAUGUCAGUGGACCGAGCUCCAGUGUGAUUUCAGAGUCAGAUGAUGUCACCAGUAACAGGUGUUAAGUAGGCUAGGUUUCCCUGGCAACAGUGGAAUCCUCAGACAUGACUGUUCUCCCCAGUCCAAUCCCCUCUGUCCUUUCAUCCCUUCAUCUCUCUCUCCUCCUCUGUCUCUAUUGCUCAUUGAAGCCAGAGAGAGAGAGGAGUGUUCUGGUAGCCUGGUCCCAGAUCUGUUUGUUCAGUCUGACGAAUUCAUGACAAUGACAAUAGGAGUUGACAAGACAGCACAAGCAGAUCUGGGACCAGGCUAGGGUUCUAGGCUGCUGGGUGGAGAAAGCUGAAAUUGACACGGAUCCUAUUCCAGGUUCCACAUAUUUCAAUAUAAAAAUAAGCUGUUUGAAUCAUUAACCCUUUGGGCACGUUCUGUCAUGUAAUGUUCUGCACUUUUGUCUUCCCCAUGAGUCUUUAUAUUAUAGGGGAUAUGCCAAUUGCCAACAGUUGAAAAUGUCAAAUGUAUAAGUCAAUUCAUUCUCAGUGGGUUGAUAUGGUUCUGUAAUUUGCUGGUUUUGAGGACCAAAACAAUAACUUUUAUGUUGGAUUUAUGUUUUCUUUUUUAGAAUUAACCCCUAUCUGUCAUAGUUGAAAAGAAGCGGUACUUUUUUCCUGAAAGGGUUAAAAACAAAAAGCUAUUUGACGCCAAUGAAUAAUUAAGCUAUAACGAGAGUCACAGUAUGUGCUUAACACAGGAAAAUUUGGGGCACUAACUUGUGAUAGCUAGCAAUAUUAGUGCCACUUACAAGGGAUGCCAUUCAUUGACUGAAGUGCCACAGCAGUGCGCAAAGGGUUAAUUCAAGACUAAGGCCACGAGAGGCCUGUAUCCAAGUUAUUUUUUGCACAUUUUUUGAGAUAUUUUAAAUGUCAGUAUUUUAAAACAUAUUCCAAGUGCCUUUUAUUAUAAGUGAAAAUAUAGAAGAUAUAAAAAUAUAUGAAAAAUUAAAUAUAUAUAUAUGAAUAUAUAUUUUUUCCUGGCAUCGUGUUCUCGAGGUUCCUGAACAUGCUUCAUUUUAGAGUUGUAAAAGUCUCCAAUUGGUACAACAUAGCUGUGUGCUUCUGUUUUAGAGGAAUUUUAUUACGAUAAUGUCAAUGGAAAGAAAAUGUUUAAUAAAAUCGCAUUUGAUACAA